AUGAUGGAGGCCAUGCAAGCAAUAUUUAGAGAGCAAAGCGAAGAAAAGCCCUCGGACAAGGAGGAGGCUUCAUACCCAGGCUCAUCCACGGGUCUAGCCUUGAACCAAAGCCUAGGCAAGCAUUCUAGGACGGAUAGUUCUGAAGCCGAUGAAUGCAGCACAUUAAUCCAAUCAACUUCCACCAAAAUGCGGGUCCUGGCCUCGAAGAUAGCUGUCCCAGAAGGAGAAAUUGCUGAACGUGAUGAUGGCAGCCAUGUGGUAUUCACUGUCCAGAUUAAGCCACCGCCUCGCUCAUUAGAGAUCAACUGGAAGUACGAGGAUGCGAUGGAUCGAAUGUGUCGAGUGCUGGACAAAUUGGUGGAAGCAAAGGCAGAAAUCCAUCAAUUCUCAAGAGAGAGGCCUGAAUAUACCGUGGGGUUCCCAACUACUCUUCUGCAGCAGGACGCUUUGACAUUGAGAUGUUUUAUGGCGAUUCUAGUUUUCAUAGCACAAAUUCGCAACUGCAUGCCGUCCAGGGAUGACAGAGAUGGCGUUCGGCUGCUAAUAACCGACCUUGAAAUUAUAGCGGAAUGGGUUUCUGCUUCCAUCGCAGCUACUCAACAAGCCGCGGAAAAUUCCACAAGCCAGGCAGAAGACGAUUGCAUCCGUCGUCAAUUUCAAAGAUGGUUACUGCAAACUUGGGCAGAUCUCGAGGAUGUUGAACAGCAAAUUAACCAAUACUCGCGGAGGUGGGAUAUCCAGCUGCCCCUUGACGUGAGCUUUUAUUGGGACUGCAUUCAAUGA